UGUUCCUGGUGUUCUCGCGCUGUUCCUUGUGUAAGUUAUUUGUAAGUUUAUUUUACCACAAGUUAGAACAGAAAGAUUCAAACGAUCGUUUCUUAACAGUUGUCUAUUUAACUAUUUUAAACUGAUAUAGAUUCUUACAUUAUAGAUUAGAAUAGAUAAUUGACAAGUAGUUACAUUUUAACCGUAAAUAUUAAAUUUAGAAUUUGUACAGUUACACAUCUGAUGUGACUUUUUGAUAAUAAAGACUUGAUAUUAACAUAAUAACAAAAAUAAUAACAGCAAGAACGCCAGGGACAGCAAGAACACCAGGAACAGCAAGAACACUAAGAACAGCAAGAAUGCCAGGAACCGUGGGUGCUGUAUAAUAUAUGCAUGCGUAAUUAUUAUAAAUAUGCAUUGUUAUGAUCCGUAACACAACAAAAUAACCGAAAAUAGAUCUGUCUCAAUACACUGACUUGAUGAUAUUUGAUAGGAAAUUUCAUUCUUUUUUGAAGGUUUUGAGCAGAUGUUAUCAAUCAUGGUUUUUGGUGUUUUUUUAAUAAAUAAAUAAAUAACAUGUGUCAAAAUUGACCAAAUAAUCAUAUUUUCCUGUCAAGUUAAAUACCCUGUUACUAAAAUGUAUUUUCCUAUUCUCUGAACCGACUUAUCAUUAUCAUAUUUUCAUCUUAAUAUUUGUGGAAAAUGGAUGCUAGAAUAGACCUUUCCCCUUUUGAGUGAAAUUUUGAUCUAGACAAGUCUGGACAAAAAAUUCAUCUCAGUUUGAAAGAGCAUCACAAAAUUAGUAAUAUUCCAAAGUUUCUUUGCGAAAUGUUGUAAAAUGCGGAUAAUAUAGCCUUGCGAAGUUUGCCAUUUUUCAGUCAUUUUGCAUUACAAACGGGGAAAUUGAUAAUCAGAUGAUCAAACUGAUUAUCAAUUUCCCGUUUGUAAUGCAAAGGCAGCCCAAAGGGGCCGGCAAGCAGCUGGAGGUAGGCCGGCAAGCAGCCAGCGAGCGCAGGCAAGAAGCUGGAGGUAGGCCGGCAAGCAGCCAGCGAGCGCAGGCAAGCAGCUUGAAAACAAAAACCCGGCAAAAAGCCGGCGCCACCGCAGGCAGGGCCAACGCAGGCCGGGGGCGCGGGAAAUCAAGUGGAUGGGCGGGAAAUCAAGUGCACAAUGUGAGAAGCAGUAUGCAAGUGAGCACAGCCCGCGAGCACAGCAAAUAGCAAACUCCCGCCCGCUAACAACAGACUGCUUCUGAUUGGUCAAUGAAAUUGAACAAUGCAUAGGUUCAUAAUAUACAAUAUAUAUGUUCAUUACAUAUUUUAACGACCCACAUCACAACUCGUGCUUGAUUUAAUUAUUUUUAUUGCAUAAACACAUUGAAAUUUUUGUCCAGGCAUAUCUAGAUCAAAAUUUCACUCAUAAGGGGAAAGGUCUAUUGGAAUGUUCUUGCCUAAAUUAGACUACACCCACAUUUUCGCUUUGUUUGGACAGUUAGGUCACAAGUUAUAAAGGGCUAGCCGCGAGUUGAAGGCAGCAAUGUUUAGCCCUGGGUACGAGGUUGUUAUAAAGCUUUGAAAUUUUGUUUUUUCAUAUACAAAACACUACAUAUUCAAGGUCUUUUAACUAGCUGGCAACCUUACUAUUGAAACAACAUUUAAGGAUAGACCAAUUUGAGCCUUUUGGCAAAGAUCUGCAGAUAGCGAGAUGAAACAUUGAUGAUGCCAAGUCAUAUCUAACAAUUGUUGAUCCAGAAUAUAUUGUGUAUUAUUAUUUUAUUCUGUUGGCUUUACCUAGGAGUCGGAUCAAGAUCACACUGGUGAAGCUGCUCAAACCACACAACAGACUGUAACAUUUUAUGAACUUGAUCUAGGUUUAAAUCAUGUGGUGAGAAAAUACAGCGAGCCCCUAGAAGAACGAGGAAAUCUUCUCAUAUCAGGUAAUAGCAAAAAAUAAAUGGGAUGAACUAAGGUUUGCAGUGAACCCUGAAUGAGUUGACUCAUCUUGAGUGUCAAUUUGUGGCUGCAUUUUCCGAUUGUGUUGUCUUUUUUUAUUUAGUUCCUGGAGGCAGUGACGGUCCAAGUGGUGUUCUUGUUUGCUCCGAGAAUUAUCUGACUUACAAAAAUUUUGGUGACCAGCAAGACCUACGAAUGCCUAUACCAAGAAGAAAGGUGAAUGUGAUUCAAUUCCUUCAUUUUGUCUGGUAUACAACCAGCUACUCGUUAAUAGUAGAAGAUGCCAAAUUAAAUUUUCCCUCAUUUCCUUGCAGAAUGAUGUUGAUGAUCCUGAGAGAGGAAUGAUUUUUGUUUGUGCAGCAACUCAUAAAACUAAGGUUUGUCUUUUAACUAUGUAGUUUAAGGGCCAACAACAGAUCAGCUAGUUGUAGUAAUCCUCUGUGAAUAAAACCAAUGUUUUCUGUAUCUUAUGUCUUUUAUGUUAUAAAACUUUGUAUGUUUUCUGUAUCUCUGCAGGAAAAUACUUUUCAAUAUGUUUGUGAGAAUUUGGUUGCCACCCACUGUUUCUGCCUUUCAAUGCAAAUUUAGUCAUUUGCCUUACAUGGUUGCUUUUUGACCCUGCUGUUUUACUUUAACCCCCCGGCCCCCCAAUGAUCUCCACUUUCCCCUCGAGUCAAUCUCACCACAUCGAUAUCUUCCCCCUUGUUCCCCCACCUUGUCUUCCCCCACUUUUGCCUCCAUUGCCUUCCUCUCACCUCCUCCCAUUCCCCCACUUGGUACCCUUUACCUUCCCCUCAAAUCUCCAUCACUGAAUGGAUAAUUGCAGCUAUCGACUAUUUUUUUAUCUAGACAAGAAAGACGAAAUCUAUCAUUAUAGCUCAAAAGAGCAUCCUAAAAUUAGUAAAAUGGCAAAUUUGGCCGCAAAAUGUUGUAAAAUACGAAAAAUAUAGCCCUGUGAAAUUAGCAAAUUUUCAGUAUUUUAGUAUUACGAGCGGAAAAAUGCACCACUUUCGGCUCAAAAGCGUGCUAAAAUACUCAAAAUUUGCUAAUUUAACAGGGCUAUAUUUUCCGUAUUUUACAACAUGUUGCAACCAAAUUUGGCAAUUUUACUAACUAAUUUAAGGAUGCUCUUUUGAGCUAUAAUGACAGAUUUCGUCUUUCUUCCCUAGAUAAAAAAUGAGUCUAUAGCUGAAAUCAUCCAUUCUGCUCUAUAAACUACAACUUUUUUUGCAGUCCAUGUUUUUCUUCCUCCUACAAACUGAACAAGGAGAUAUUUUCAAAUGUACGUUGGAAACAGAUGAGGAGAUGGUCAUGGUGACAGAAAUAAGACUGAAAUAUUUUGACACGACUCCAAUUGCAUCCUCGAUGUGUGUCUUGAAGACUGGCUUUCUUUUUGUUGCCUCGGAGUUUGGCAAUCAGUAUGUAUCAUGAUUGCUUUGAAAUACAUUAAAGAAAUGUAAUGUAUCUCUAUAGUAAAAAACUCAUCUUGAUCAACUUUUUCGCUGUCAAAGUUUCCAGAUAUGAUGUCAUUAGGUGAAUUUUUGGUACAAAAAAAACAAAGGAAAACUAAUUUGCAAUUCACCUAAUGACACCAUAUGCGCAAACUUUGACAGUGAAAAAGUUGAUCAAGAUGGGAUUUUUUAUUAUAAAGAUAUAUUUGCACAGCUUCUUCCCAGUUGUUGUCAAAGUUAUCAUCAUCUUGUAACAAUGCUCAUGAGGUCAAAUGACUCGCAAUUACGCUAAUCAGCCUUCUUCACGAAGGCCGAAAUCCGCCAUUUUUGGGGUACUGUCUGGCAGUGUCUGCCCUGGUGAAAGAUUCUAGACAAUUCAAACAACGUGAAAAGCGACUUUUAAAAGUUGUAACUGUAAAUUCACCAUUAUACAAACAACUACAAUACUAAAAAGUUGUAUUUCGUGGUGCGGAGGCUCUCAAACGUGAGAGAGGCAGUACCCCAAAAAUGGCGGGAAAAUUGGCCAUGAGAAAGGCUAGUUAUCUAUUGAUCUAUUCACGUUUUUAUUGAUCUAUUCACGUCCUUCUUCUUCAGUUAUUUCUAUCAAAUCGCUCACUUGGGAGAUGACGAUGAAGAGCCGGAAUUCUCCAGUAACAUGGAACUUGAAGAAGGGACGACAUUUUUCUUCCAACCGAGAGCUUUGAAAAACCUCGUUCUGGUUGAUGAAAUAGAUAGCUUGGCUCCCAUUAUGUCGUGCCAGAUUGCCGAUUUAGCCAAUGAGGAUACGCCACAACUUUACGCUGCCUGUGGUCGAGGUCCACGCUCGUCGUUGCGUGUUUUAAGGCAUGGCUUGGAGGUAGGCAGAAGUUGUUUAUUUUGUUUUGUUCCAAAGAAAGAUACGAGAAAUGGUAUACUUGAAAGUUAUUGUUGUAAAAUGAGGACAAUAUAGCUCUGUGAAUUUCGCAAAUUUUGUAUAUAUUUGCAUUACGCGCGGGAAAAAUAACGGUUUUUGAGCCGGAAGUGGUUAUUUUUACCGCGCGUAAUACAAAUAUAUACAAAAUUCGUGAACUUCACAGGGCUAUAUUUUCUUCAUUUUACAACAUUUAGCAACCAAACUUUGCACUUUUACGUAAUCUAAGACGCUCUUUCUAACUGUGGUGUUGGAUUUCGUUCUUCUUGCCUUGAUCAAAAUUUAGUCUAUAUAGUUGGAAUCACCCAUUGAGACUGAAAUUGUCUUUUCGCCUGUUUAAUUUUCUCUAGGUAUCUGAAAUGGCUGUCUCUGAGCUGCCAGGCAAUCCUAAUGCUGUCUGGACUGUUAAAUUAAACAAGCUGGGUAAGAAAUGUUUGAACUACUGUAAAAAAUUAAACUGUUCUCUCUAGAUGUUAGAAAAGUUAUAAAUCCCUUGGUAAUAAUCCCAGUUGUAAUGAUGAUUAAAUAUAUCAGGACAUCUAAAUAUGAUUUAACCCUGAUUACUGAUGAAUGUUCUGAACUUCUGGGAUAAUCGGAUGCAGUGAGUCAUAAUAACACUAUGAGUGUGGCAACCAACAGCAUUUUGGAGGAUGUGGUCAAAAGACGUGGCGCUUGAAAUUUAUUUGUAAUAUGCUCAUAAUGUAGCGCCUUUUUGAGAAAAAAGCAUAUAUGCAAUGGAUAAAAUAAACAGCGGUCGAAAAUUUUCUUUAGCUGUCCAUGACUGUCUGACAUUAAAAAGUGGCAUUAAAAUUAAAAGUUGGCUGUCCAAUGCGUCUUUGGCAUUUUAUGAGUUUCUGAUUUUACUUUACAUUUUCAAGUCCUUCAAUGGUCCUUGAUCAAGUUUUUCACAUUUCAAAAAGUUCAUUCCAAUCGUCGUCAUACAAUAUGAGAAUAUUUCUCCUGUGUUUUGCAGAGGAGUUUGACUCGUACAUUAUUGUAUCAUUUGUGAACGCUACAUUGGUGUUAUCUAUUGGUGAGACUGUUGAAGAGGUGACUGAUAGUGGUUUCCUGGGAACAACACCGACGUUGUCAUGUUCAUUACUGGGUGAAGAUGCUUUACUUCAGGUAUUACUCGUAUUCUUACUAAGAAGAAGAUUUCCAAUAUAAUUUCGAGUCAACUUUUACUGUAGACGUCGGCAUUGUAAGAGUUUGAUAACACACAUUGAGGCCUUGAUAAUUCUUCAUAAUUGUUUUACAGUAUCGUAUUUAUUUAAGAGGAAACAGCGGCCAGUUGUAGGAAGCCAUUCGUGUUGUGACACAAUUCCACUCCUUCGGCAGUUGGCAUGAAGUCAAAGCGUUUAAUUUUUUUUCAUAUCAACGUUAUGACAUCACUCAGUUGAAUAUUAUGUCAAAACUCCGUAUCUGGUUGUUGAGUUGAUAUGACGAUUUUUACAGUUGGCUAUUAGCCUAUCAGAAAUCAUGAAUUCUUGAAAUAAUGAUUAGUUUUAUCACGCUACAAUGUCUCCUGGUGGUGUACUUCAUGUUGUAAUGAUGAUAAAACUUAGGACACCUUAUGAUUAUCAACAUGAUAUCAACACAGACAUUGUAAUCUGAACAAAAUGAAGUACACUACAAAUCAUACCAGUAACUAUUUUGUUUCUGUUAUUGCCUUUCCAAAUCCAAAAUAUAGGUUUGAUGAAGGAAUUGACACCUUCUUGCACCCCUUUUUGCCAAGGCUAAAGCCCAUUUCCACUCAGGAAAAUUUUCCGCAGAAAGAAAAUUUUGUAAAAUCUGAUUGGCCGACACAAAUUUUCCGUCGGAAAAAAAUUUUGAAGUUGAAAAAAACUUUUAACAAUGAUAUUUUCGGAAACUUUUCUGUUCGUGGAAAUUUUUCUUGAGUGGAAAUGGGCCUUGAGAGUGCACCCCUCCCCUACACCCUUUCCAUCCCUGUCUGAAUCGGUAGAUGCAAUUAUACUAUAGCUAUUUUUGUUGACAUGUACUGUAGGUGUACCCGGAUGGUAUUCGACAUAUUCGUGCUGAUAAGCGUGUCAAUGAGUGGAAGUCGCCUGGCAAGAAAACGAUCGUAAAAUGUGCUGUGAACGAAAGACAAGUAAGAUGGCUAAAUUUGAUGAUAAAAUGAAAUAAAAAAAACAUAUAAACUUCAUGCAUAUCUUUGAAGUUUUGUCGGAGUACUGAUCGUGGCAUAUUUCCAGUUAUAAUGAUGAUUAAAAUACAUCAGGACAUCUAAAUAUGAUUAUUUUAUGAUUAUUGUAAUCCCUCUGAAUAACUGGAAUACCCUGUAUGUACAGAUUACAAUGUACUGUGUUCAGAUAAAACAAUUUAAGGUCAUAAGCAUAAUUAUACUCUCCAUGUAGUAAAUAGCGAAUGUGUGUUUCAUUCAGGUGGUGAUAGCAUUGAGUGGCGGUGAACUGGUUUACUUCGAGAUGGAUCAGGUAUUUGUUUUUACGCUACAAAAUUCCUGAAGUUAAUGUUGGGUUACACUGACAAAGUUUUUGUGAUCACAAUUCACAGUAGGAAUCUUGCAUAGGUAAAUUUCUAAGUUUUGAAGGAUUAGUAAGAAAUGUUUUGAGGCAACUGACUUUUAGUUAGUGUUUAACACUGAGACUGUUCCCUCAAACAUUUCUUACAAACGCUACAAAAUUUAGAAUUUAGCUAUGCAACAUCACAGAAACUUUGUCAGUGUAAAGUAGUGCCUUUACAAAAGUUCUCAUGUUUAAAAUAAUUUUAAAAUGUUGGUUUUCAAAUUUCUAGUCUGGUCAAUUGAAUGAAUACACAGAGCGUAAACAGAUGUCAACUGAUGUCAGUUGUAUGGGCUUGGGCAGUGUUCCUGCAGGAGAACAGAGAUGUCGGUUUUUGGCCGUUGGUUUAAAUGAUGAUACAGUUCGGAUUAUAUCACUAGAUCCACAGGUAUUGUAUGCUUGUUGUAAGAAUAGCUGCGCAUUGUAUUCUCUAAAAUUCAUCGUCUUGAAACUACUCACGUUAAAACGCACAACACAGUAGCCAAGCUUUGUGCUACUAAGUUCGCCGGAUUUCGGCAUACCUUAAAGCUACGGUGACGUUUAUAGCCACGGUUUGUAGCGAAAUCCGAACUUUCUUGCAAGGAAAAUCCCCCUCCCCCCGGAUAUGUAAUGGUCCACCCCUUAUGUGAUUUUACUGAUUUUCAGGACUGCUUACAACCAUUAAGUAUGCAAGCUUUACCAGAUUCAGCAGAGUCAUUGUGUAUUGUUGAAAUGGGAGGCAAGGAAGGCAGCGAGGAGACUCGUCAGGGGGGUGGUUUGGCUGGACUGUUUCUCAAUAUUGGUCUAGAGGUAUGCAGUUGUGAAUUUUUAAUAUAGGAGACUUUGAACAAGAGAAUGAAGUACGACGAUGAAGACGUACUUGACGAUUUUGUGCCUAUUGACGUUUAAUUUUUUUUUUUAGAAUGGGGUACUGCUUCGUACAGUGCUGGAUACAGUCACUGGAGAUUUAUCUGAUACCAGAACUAGGUAAAGUUGUUUCACGUUUACCCAUUCAAAUGUCUCCCUUUGACCAGUCGAAUUUUCAAAUAAAGGAUCAAAUAAAUUCAAAGGGGCUGUUUAUAUAAGACGGGAUGAAUCGUGUCAGGAAAUUUUUUUCCUGACAGUAAAUGAUCGAAUGAACUUUAUAUUGUAUUGGAAUCAAACUAGGCUAAUUCAACUUUUAAAUAUCAUUUUGGAUAACCGGGACAGCCUGGCUCCAUAUUAUGAACAGCCCCAAACUGUCUUCGUUCAGUAAUGAUGACAAACUUAGGACACCUAUGAAUAUCUUCGUGAUUUCAAACCGCAAUCCGACUCUGAACUGAAUGAAGUCGUUACAACUAACUAAAAACGAUAGAAAUUGUACAAGUGGGUACCGUAAGAAAUGGUUAUCGAGCAUGUACUUAAUGACUCGCUACACUAUCAUUUUGUUUCUGCUGUAACGAUAACUAAUUUUCCAUUUUAGGUACUUAGGAUCUCGUCCAGUGAAACUUUUUCCCGUGAAGAUGCAUGGAUCAGAUGCAGUGAGUAUCGCAAACACACAAAUAAAAAGAUUGGUUCGUUGAAAUUUUUCUGCUCCCUAUCCUAACAAGAAUCUUUAUUCGUAUUACUUUCAUUCCAGGUUCUGGCAAUGUCCAGUCGUUCCUGGCUAAGCUACACUUAUCAAUCCCGUUUUCAUCUGACGCCGUUGUCGUACGAAAGUCUGGAGUAUGCUUCCGGAUUCUCAUCCGAACAAUGUCCUGAGGGAAUUGUCGCUAUCUCCGCUAACACAUUGAGGUAGCAUUUUUAUUGUUCAAUUGUUUAUUGUCCAAGUGGAAACUUCGUUCAGUAAUGAUGACAAACUUAGGACACCUAUGAAUGUCUUUAUGAUUUCAAACCGCAAUCCGACUCUGAACUGAACGAAGGAAUUUUUUCAGAGCUUGAAUAGUUCGUGCUAGUGAAACAACCGUGUUACGGUCACGGGCGUAUCUUGGUUCUAUACAUUACGAAGGUGUGGAUUCGUUUUGCCCGAUGAAAUGGUGUGGUCCGAAAAUAAUGUAAAUAUGCUGGACGAAAUUGGACUAGUAUCCCAAAGGUCGCGUGUUCGAUUCCCACCGUGGCCAAGCAAACUUUUCAGCUUGCCCGGUGUGGAUGCAUACUCAGAAUAACAUCACAAACAUCAUAUUCACCUGAGUAAAUAACACCAACACUAAAAAAUGUUUUAAAGUUGAUAAGGGUUUAUACUGGUCUUCUAGGUUUUUUUGUUCUUACUCAACAUUAUUUCAGUGUGUUUUUACCCUCCAAAUUAUUGCCGAGUAUUUGUUAAAUUUGGCCUAAAAGUUGUCGUUUUCAAACGCUGUCGGAUUUUUUUUCUGUAGGAUUUUAGCCCUGGAGAAACUUGGCGCGGUGUUCAAUCAGAUAUCUCAUCCGUUGAAAUACACGCCACGGAAGUUCGUGAUCGAUCCAGAGAGCAAUAACUUGAUUAUUAUCGAGACGGAUCACAAUGCAUUCACUGACAAAGGAAAGGCUGACCGUAAGCAGCUCAUGGCUGAGGUACGCCAUACGUAAACUAAACUUGUUGCGAUAUUAGGUGCGAUUUUCUUCUGAUGCAUAUGAAUGAGUGGAUGAGUUGGGCCAAAAAAAUAUGUGGGUUUCUAUUUCUUGUAAAAAUUUAGGUAGGGUAGGUCGAUUUUAACUUCUUUUUUUUUAACUUUUUUUUAAUUUUCCUAACAAGCGGACGCCAUUUUGUUUAGUCGGUGCUUCCACAUCCAAAGAUAAAUUUCCCGAAUAUUGCCUCAAAUUUCCAUUUUUCUCAAACGUUUUUCUCUAAGUGGAAACACUUACAAGCGUGAUCCAAUAAAAAGUUUAGGGUCGGGAUUUCGGCGUCGAAAAGCUAGGUAGGGUCGGGAAACCGGAAACCAAAUAUUUUUUUUUGCCUUGUGAAUUUCCUUCAGAUGAGGGUAUGCAUAUUCAGAACAUUCAUAACUCAUCCCACUUAUUCAUAUCCAUCGAAAGAAGAAGAUCGCUGGGAAAAAUUGCAAGUGUAAAUGGGCCUUAAGGCAUCAUUACAAUUGCGUGAAAUAAUUAGUUUUAUCACGCUAUAAUGUCUCCUGGUGGUGUACUUCAUGUUGUAGUGAUGAUAAAACUUAGGACACCUUAUGAUUAUCACCAUGAUAUCAACACACACAUCGUAAUCUGAACAAAAUGGAGUAUACCAUAAAUUAUACCAGUGAAUUUUCUCUCGAAGGAACUAUGUCAGCAAGGCAAUAUGUUACCGCCUUUAUUUUGUUUCUGUUAUUGCCUUUCCAAAUCCAAAAUAUAGGUUUGAUGAAGGAAUUGACACCUUCUUGCAGCCCUCUUUGCCAAGGCUAAAGGCCCAUUUCCACUCAGGAAAAUUUUCCGCAGAGACAAAAUUUUGUAAAAUGUUAUUGGCCGACACAAAUUUUCCAUCGGAAAAAAAGUGGCCGGCAUCAUUACAAUUGCGUGAGCCUGCUGGCACCUUCUAAAUUUCUGCAGGCAUGUUUUAAAAUUCCCUUAAAAUCUAGACAUUUUUAGUUCUCAAAACCUACAAUACGAUGCUGCGCAGUGCCACAUACAUUAAAUAAUAUCAUUGACCCCUACUACCUUUUAUUUAUAUGGGAUUGCUCUAUCAGUUCCAAACUGUUCUUCCGGGAGGUCCAGUAUAAGGGAUAUUCUUUAUUGGUUCAUUUUGAACACCCCAAGUACAUGUUUUUAGGAAAUGGUUGAAUCUGUAGCAGACGAGGACAAGGCCGCUGUGGCGCAAGUAGCUGCUGAAUUUUUACAAGAAGAUUUACCUGAACAGCAGUUUGGAGCAGCGAAAGCUGGGCCGGGAAUGUGGGCCUCCGUUAUUAGAGUUUUUGAUCCGAUUAAGGUGUGUAGUUGCUCAAACGGUCGAUGAGCAAGGUAGAAGUCGCAUGGCAACAAGAGUCAACUCGCAAGCUCGUUGCGAGUGCUUUCAUCCAAUCACAAUGCUCGACAGUUUAUUUUAAUUAGAUGUAAGCGCUCGCAGCGGCUUGAAAGUUGGUUUUGAGAAGAGCUUUUAAAAUGUAUACUACACGAGGCUGAUUUUACUGCUGCAACUUGCCACAGAAUUGAACCUGAAGCGUCUUUAACUUCAGUGAUGAUGACAACUUAGGACACCUAUGAAUAUCUUUAUGAUUCCACAAGAUAGCGUUUCAACUUAUGUAAUUUCCGGUUGAUAUUUUAAACAGGGAGAAACUUUGGACCAAGUCGAGUUGAAGCAAAACGAAGCUGCGUUCAGGUAUUUUUAAACUCUUAUAACUAAAAUUUAGACGUGAAAUCAUAAUCAUACACCUGAAUAUUGAAGAGAUCCGAUCUCAAUCAAAGAGGUGAACCACACAUACACUAACCACUCUGCCAUCAACACAAUUUGUUUAUUUUGUAGUGUUUGUGUUUGUCAUUUCGCAUCAAAAGGCUCAGAAGAGACAUACGUGUUAGUUGGUACGGCGAGUGAUAUGGUUCUCAAUCCAAGAUCGUGUUCUGGUGGUGCUAUACAUACCUUUAAACUGGUAGCAAUGCCUGAUGACGGUGGACAAAAACUGGAAUUAAUGCACACGGUAAGGAUAGCAUGCAGGGACAGAUCCAAAGAGCCUGGGAAUGAGGUUGGGACAGAUCUCAACCCUAACAGGCGUGUACUCCGGGUACAAAAUUGGCACAGAUCCAGGCGUAUUGUGGUGACGAUUCUUUUGGGGUGUACAUCCCUCUGCCACUGCCAUAAAGAAUAAUUUGUCCGAAUUGCAAUCCAGUUGGGGCGGAUCUUGGAGAGGUCCCGCCCCCCAUUACAGUAAAUCCAUACCUGCAUUUUCUGGGUCGAGCGUCUGCCGACUUUCCUUUCGUCUCCCUGUUUGGCGGUCACCCACUUAGAAUCUGCCCACAUGGUACUUAUAUCUACAGGCUACAGUUGGUGUACUACAUAUCAGUUAAUUAUUUUAUCAUUACAUUACUAGCCAUUCAUGAAGAUGAAAGACUAGCCGUUUACACUGAUUAUUUUAUUAACUUGUCACUUGUUUGUGUUUUUAGACUGAAAUGGAUGACAUCCCGUCUGCGAUAGCAUCAUUUCAGGUUAGUUUGCUCACUUUGCCGUUGUAGUGUACAAACGGGGGAGAUGAAAUGAUUGCUGUAGGUUUUAAGAUUUUCGUUAGAAAAUUAGGAUGUGGAAUGUCAUUGAAACGACAUUCAGGUGUGGAAAUCCUGGAAUCUGUAGACUGUUAGGUAUACAUGUUCAAGUAGACGUUGAUUAGUGAUCAAAACUUUCGGAGCCUAUUUCCAAUCAAUGAUAGGAAUACUAAUCGAUAGAAACACUAAUCGAGAGUAUGUUUACCCUAUAAUCGUGGUCAGUCAAGACUUGAACUCUCUUUAAUUAAACAGGGCCGUGCUGCCGUCGGUGUUGGACGCUUUUUGAGAAUUUAUGAUUUGGGAAAGAAAAAACUGCUUAGAAAAUGCGAAAACAAGGUAAGAUAAAAUUUGUGAAAGAUACAUUAUAUUCGUCGAACGUCCAUUAGAUUUCCUUCCAUUAUUUAUCAAAAUAUAAUUUUCGCUACUGUUAUGAUAUUUUGUAUAGAAACUUCCCAAUCUCAUAGUUGGUCUGCACCCGGUGGGUCAGAGACUUGUUGUUAUGGAUGUUCAAGAAUCUUUUCAUUUUGUCCGAUACAAAGCUCGAGAGAACCAGCUUGUGGUUUUUGCUGAUGAUAUUAACAUAAGGUGAGUCUCAAUACUUUUUACAGUGAAGUUAGUUUGUUAAAAAUAACGUUCAAUCGAUACCUGGAUAUUCCUAUCCUUCAGAUGGAUGACUUGUCAGUGUUUACUUGACUUCAAUACGAUGGCUGGAGCAGAUAAAUUUGGAAACGUUUUUGUGGUGAGUUGUGAUCUUACCAGCUACGUUCAAUCAGUCCUAAAACGUUGUGGGUUUAGUAAGUAAGUGCAUGGAGUGUGCUAAUCGUCCUUACUUGCAGUUGAGAGCUAAGCUGAAUUGCGAAGGACGCAGCUCAACCUGAUAAAGUCGAAGGCUUAAGGGCAGAGAAUACUACACAGAAGUCCAUCUCCAUUGUUUUUUGCGUAAGCUCUAUUCGUCAUGAUUCGUCACUCAGCAAGUACCGUAAACAGAAGCAGUCACACGCGCCAUUUUGAGUAUUUCCAGGGAGGGACUGCUUCUGUUUACGGUACUUGCUGAGUGACGAAUCAUGACGAAUAGCGCUUACGCAAAAAAAAAACAAUGGAGAUGAACUUCUGCAUGUGUAGUAUUCUGUGCUAAGGUCGGCUAUGGCAGCCACCUUAUUACUCAUGUCUGAUCACAGAGCACAGCUACGGUGGAAGGAUCAGUUAGGGAGAUAAUCCCAACCCACCCUGUGAACAUUCUCUGUGGAAGGAAACCGGAGUACUCAGAGAAAACCCACGACUUUCGGUAGAGCGUUGACCGACUCUUCUCACAUAAGUGUCAUUAGUCCAUAGCGAGAGUCGAACCCACGAUCUCACAGGUGAAAGGCGCCUGCUCUGACGAUUGCGAAGCCACCGAAGCCCUUUAAGAUGCUAUCAAGUGCGUUCUGCGCAUUGGUUCUGCUCAUAACAAAGGGGGACCCACAGAUGUAAACAUUGCCCAAAUUUCGCAUCUUUUGAACUUUUUCUGAAUUGAAACUCUGGUUUAUAUUCAUCUACUAGCAUACUAAACCAGAACAGUGUUAGAUAUUCAGUUAGUAUAUCAUAUUUUACAAAUAUACCAGUUCGAAAUGUAAAUAAAGCGUUUUUUACAUUACGGACUUGACAGCACCUUUAAUUAAAGUAUGAAAUAUACAGUGAGUGAUAUAUAGAGAAUUGUUUUCUUAGGUUCGACUUCCGACAUCCACUUCAGAUGAAAUAGACGAAGACCCGACAGGAAACAAAGCAUUCUGGGAUAGAGGCUUGUUACAUGGCGCACCUCAAAAGGUAAAGCAAAAUAUAGUGAACGGCUGUGACCGCUGUCCUACAAAAUUUUUCAAAAUCUUAGCGAUCAUCCUAGAACACAUCGUCUCAUCACAAACAUUACCAAAGUAACGUGUUAGAUAUAUAUAUAGAAAUCGUUCAAUAUUAGCGGAAAAAACAUUUCCUGUAAACAAUAGGUAUACUACUUGUGUUCAAGCAUAUGGCGACGCGGUUUGCCAACAGAAAAACUAUGGCCCCGUUUACAUGAGACCAGGACGAAGUCAAACUGGAAUGAAAAUUGAAAUUGUCAACAUGUUUACAUGAGACCGGUACGAAAGUCACAAAAUUUUCAAUUUAUCCCCCUUGCCAGGCAAUUUUCUUUUUUAGAUGGCUUUUGUGUUCCAAUGUCAAGGUCACGGCCAAGACCAGUCUGAAAUGUAUUUGUGUUUACAUUCAUCCCAGUCUGAAUUCAUGCCGGUCUGAGGUCAGUCGGCUUGGUCCAGCAGGCGGAAUGACUUGAGACCAGUCUGAGUUAUUUUCGUCCCGGUCUCAUGUAAACGUCUAUUAUAAAUAAUGACCGAAACGAAAUGGUCCCGGUUUGACUUCGUUCCGGUCUCAUGUAAACGGGGCCUAACACAAUUUUAUGCCUCUUGCCACUCAAUGGACCAUUUGCAUUAUAGACUAAAUUUUGAUGUAGACAAAAAUUUCAUCACAGCUUGAAAGAGCAUCACAAAAUUAGUAAUAUUCUAAAGUUUCGUUGCGAAAUGUUGUAAAAUGCGGAUAAUAUAGCCCUGCGAAGUUUGUAAUUUUCAGUCAUUUUGUAUUACAAACGGGAAAUUGUUGCCCCAACACCCGAUUGGGCUGUCAAUUUCCCGUUUGUAAUCUAAAAUGACUGAAAAACGGCAAACUUCGCAAGGCUAUAUUAUCCGCAUUUUACAACAUUUUGCAACGAAACUUUGGAAUAUUACUAAUUUUGUGAUGCUCUUUCAAGCUGUGAUGAAAUUUUUAUCUAGAUCAAAAUUUAGUCUAUAAUGCAAAUGGUCCAUUCACAUUUGAGAUAACUCGCAUGCCUAGUCACUACAAUUUUGGUAAUCUAAGCAUGGUAUGGAACAAAGCCAGAACUAAGCAUUUAGAUUACACAUGCGAGCGAAUUGAACGGUAAUGGACAUCAACACUGGUGAGCCUAUUGGUUGUGUUAUGAUCUUAGGUCCAUCUUUUAUUCUAGGCUGACACGAUAUGUAACUUCUUCAUUGGGGAAACAGUGUUAUCACUCCAGAAAGCAACUCUCAUCCCGGGUGGUUCAGAGUCUUUGGUUUACACAACAAUUUCCGGACGAGUUGGUAUGCUCGUUCCAUUUACAUCCCGUGAGGUAAGCGAGUGAAAUUAUAAACAAAAUAAGCAUUUCCACACUUCGAGCCACGAGGCACUGAAAUUGACUUCUCUCCUGGGCCCUUGCUUCGCUCCAAAUCUUUCCUCCUGUUUCCAAAUCCCAAGCCCUUUUUGUACAAGCUAAUGUCGCUCUAAAUACUAAAUUAACAUCAAAGGUACCCUUUUUGUUUGGAAAUUUCCAAGUUUUUUUAAAAAAUUUGGUCAAAAACGUGAAAUUUCGGUAUGGUAUGACGGGAAAAUUUUUCUCCCCCCCCCCCUCCCGCCAACAUUUCCGGGAAAAAUUUUUUAGUUGCCCUUUUCAAUACCCUAAAGUGCCCCUAGAAGCCGGUGCCCCCCCAAUCUUCUGAUGCUUCCUACGCCCCUGGCCCCAUGCCUACCUUCGUUAAAAGAUCUCCUCAAAAAUAUAUGACUCUUGGGACAUUCUGAAGAAGUGAUCCUGUCUGUCAAAAGUCUAUCGUCUAUACAGGGUGUAUAAAAAAAAGGAGACCUUAAGAAAUAUUGAUAAAAUUUGAAUGCCUUUUCAAUUGCACAUAUGCUGAACCGUGGUGCGUGAAAUAUUGAUGAGUGCACAUAUUAGAAAAAGGAGACCUUUAGAAAUCAACCAUUGUUAUAAUUUGAAUCCUGGAGCACUUUGCUAAGCCCAAAAUGCGAUCUACGUACAGUAUACAUGGCAGAUUGUCCCCAGGAGCAGACAAUAUUUUGUUUAAACGUUAUUUCAAUUUCUAAAGGUCUCCUUUUUCUAAUAUAUGCACCCCAUCAAUAUUUCACGCACUACGGUUCAGCAUAUGUGCAAUUGAAAAGGCAUUCAAAUUUUAACAAUAUGAUUGAUUUCUAAAGGUCUCCUUUUUUUUAUACACCCUGUAUAAGUACUACAUAUUCAUGCAAUACAUUGCCAUGUGUUGCAAAUAUUGUUAUAAUUAAUCUAUUGUGUCAAUAUUUUUGUGUUUAGGAUAUCGACUUUUUCCAACAUUUGGAAAUGCAUUUACGUUCCGAGAACGCUCCAUUAUGUGGCCGUGACCAUCUCAGUUAUAGAUCGUAUUUCUUCCCCGUAAAAGUGAGUGUGUUUUAUCGACUUUUUUAGUUUGGUUUCUGUGAGGUUAAACUAAUGAAUUAUUUAAUCGUUUCUGAAUAUCGUGUAGAGUGUUAUUGAUGGCGAUCUUUGUGAACAGUUUAACUCGCUUGAGUCGAGUAAGAGGCGAAAUAUCGCAGAGGAGUUGGAUCGAACGCCAGCUGAGGUAUAAAUUAAAUUUUUUAUAGCUAUCGUGCUGGUCGCAAUCAUUUCGAGGUAGUCUCCCCUCAUUUCCCAAACAACAACGUGUUUCUGCCGUAUAAUUAAUUCUAAGUCUUUGUAGUUGUUAAUUAGUUUGCAUUCGCCAAUCUCAACCAUUGUUUUUCUAAUCAUUUCGUAUUUAAAAAGUAGCCAAAAACAUUUUUUGUGGAAUUCUUUCCCAAGCAAGGGUUGUUGUCAGGUCUGAAAACAGGCUUUCGUACAUUGCUAGACCUACAUCGUCUUAUAGACCCGAGUUACACGCGAUACCGGAUUCGCAUCGGAGCGACAUCAAAUUUUACAGUUUCAAGAGGAGUUUAGCACUCAAAAUUAUGAAAAUAUAACAGAAUUAGUCAAAAACUUCAAAUAUGAAAAGUUGUAAGAGGGUCUUAGUUGAUGUCGCUCGACUCGCUCCGUCUCCGAUAUGCGAAUCCGGUAUCGUGUAACUGGGGCCUUAGACUAGCAGAUGUAAUCAUCGUGUUUUGCUGAAAAGUCUUUCUUAUUUUCAACAGGUGUCGAAGAAAUUGGAAGAUAUCAGAACAAGAUACGCUUUUUAAAAUGAUGAUGAAGUCCAUUUUCUAACCUCAUUUCCAGACGUUGUCAAGCAUUCCCAACCAUCUGCUAACAAACAAUAACCAAACUUUUUAACUAUUGUAUUUGUAAAUGUAAAUAAUAGAAAAAACAUUUUGAAACUAGCCAAAUAUACACUUAUUGUAUAAUCGUGCUUUUAAGUCCCAGUCAAAAUGAACAUGAGAGUUGAUGAAAGUUGAAAGUCACGAAUUGUUGCUGGGAACAUUUAAGCUGGAGUAAUACGAGCAACAAAAUUGCUGCAACUUGCAAGUUGCAAGUUGCAGCAAUUUUGUUACUCGUAUUACUCCACCUUUAAGCUCUAGUGUUGGGAAAGCAUUAAAUUAAAACUAUUACAGGUAACUGUGAUUAAAAACAGCUAACCAAGAUAGUGUCACUUCUAAACUGCUGUUCUCAGGCAGAGCAUGCUGGUUCGCAAGUAACUGUCACAGUUUGAUCAUUGAUCACAGAAACAUUACAGCCCUGCCCCUACAUAAACAGCUCAUACAAAAACUGGUAUAUUUAUUUGUUUUGUCCAUUAGGGUUCGUUUAAUAUGCGUAAAAUUAAUUUGUUUUUUUUUGUCGGCUAUGUACAUAUCAAUGCCGUUAUGUAUUUGGCAAGAUUAUGUCGUUUGGAAUCAUGAAGCAUUUUGGGCUAGUAUAUUUAAUACAAGUACCAUAUGGAAACCGUACGGAUAUUUUUUUACUAUCUGAAGUUCAGUAAGAACGUGGAUUGCCCAAGCAGAGGCAGACGUCCAAUAUCGAUAUUAUUCGAGAGUAUUUUAUUGAUUUCGUUUCCAAAUAAACAAGUUUUGCC